AUGGCCAAGGGGCUCCUGAUGACUUACGCCCUCUGGGCUGUAGGGGGCCUUGCUGGUCUCCACCACCUGUACCUGGGACGGGACAGCCAUGCACUGCUCUGGAUGCUUACCCUGGGCGGUGGUGGUCUAGGCUGGCUCUGGGAAUUCUGGAAGCUCCCAAGCUUUGUUGCUCAGGCCAACAGAGCCCAGGAGCAGAGGCAGAGCUCAGGAAGGGGGAUACCCCCUCUAAGUCUCAUUCGCUUUGUUGCCCAGAUGAUAGUGGGCAUCUAUUUUGGCCUUGUGGCUCUCAUUAGCCUUUCCUUCAUGGCCAGCUUCUAUAUUGUGGGCCUCCCACUGGCAGUUGGCUUAGGGGUCUUGCUGGUGGCUGCCAUUGGCAACCAGACAUCAGACUUAAAGAACACUCUAGGGGCCGCAUUUCUUACUUCACCUAUCUUCUAUGGCCGCCCCAUAGCCAUCCUGCCCAUCAGCUUGGCUGCGAGCAUUACAGCCCAGAAGCAUCGCCGCUACAAACCUUCAGCUGGGUCAGAGAUGCUCAGCGUGCGGCUCUACCGCCUGGGCUUGGCUUACCUUGCUUUCACAGGCCCGUUAGUGUACAGUGUGCUCUGCAACACAGCUGUCACCCUCAGCUAUGUGGCAGAUACUCUUGGCUCCUUCUUGAGUUGGUUCAGCUUCUUCCCCCUCCUUGGGCGCCUUUUGGAGUCUGUUCUCCUUCUGCCUUUCCGAGCCUGGAAGCUACUGGUAGGAGAUCAUAGCAUCAGCAGCAGCUACUUCCAAGAGUGGGCAAAACUUUAUGAGUUUGUUCACAGUUUUCAGGAUGAGAAGCGUCAGCUGGCUCUCCAGGCUUUUGGUCUCUCAGAGGGGGCAACAAAUGAAGAAAUACAUGGCAGAUACAGGGAGCUAGUGAAGACCUGGCACCCUGACCACAAUCGGCACCAGAUGGAGGAAGCUCAGAGACACUUUCUGGAGAUCCAGGCUGCGUAUGAAGUCCUGAGGCAGCCCAGGAAGCCCAGGGGAUCCUGGAGAUUAAACAUUGUCUUGUUUAAGGAUGCACUGUAG